AUGACGCCUCAUAAACCAAAUAGGUCCCGCAGGGAUACUCCAGCAAAGCAAGAGGCGCAGGAACGAAGGCUAGCAGAGAAGAAGGAGAAGCAGCAGACACUCAGCGAUCUCCUGGGCCGAAAGGCAAGUGGGGAGGAGAUGUCGAAGAAGGAUGAAAAAAAGCUUGCCAAACUCCAAAAGGAGCUGAAAACUGAUAGCUUUGACGAUGUUUCCCAAGCCGAAGAUAUUGAAAUGUCGGGCAUGGCUCCAGCCCCGCCAGAUAUGGACUCGCAUGGUAAUACAGUGCAUGCCGAGACAGUGAAGGAUAGUGAGACUCCAGGUAGCAAAACAACGGAGCCAUCUGUGGUCCCCCAAACCAAGCCACCGUAUCCCGAACCCGACACCGAUGAUAGCCUUGAAAGCGGGCAAAAUUUACCUGCAAAAUCUCGAGAAUUUCGAGCCACUUCGUUCUCCGCCGAAGCCAAUACAGAAGCAGGAAAUACGCAACAGGAGAUGACUUCGGCAAACAAGUCAAAACUCUUUCAACAAUUGAGAAAGGAAAACGUGGAAGUUGUCGAAGAAGGAUACCUCAUCGCGGGAUACACUGUCUGGAUGGUCUAUGGCCACGGUUUGCCCUCCGCGGCAAAGUAUGAGAUGGAAGCGUUGGAAUACGAUAAUGACGAGGAGCUCAAAGAGCAUCAGCGGUUGUCCAGUACUGAAAAAAGGAUUUCCAUCCUGAAAAAAGAAAAUGGCAGACGACAAUACAAUUACGAUAAUAUUGAAAGCAUUGAUGCAGUGACCGUCUUACCUUAUGGACGCCGCAACGGAAAAAGAAGACCCCGUGAUGAUAAAUACAAGCAGUCCAAGCCUAAGAAACCCAGAUUUCGGCUAACUCUUGUUCAAGUCAAGUGGAGAAAUAUCCUUCCAACGCAUGAAGAUAUGUUGAAAGAGGGUAGAACUUGGGAGCCGAGAUCUGAGCUUCUCAGCAUGGUGGGCCAAAAAUACAAAGUUCAAUUAGAUUUACAGAUCUUUGAGAUGUGCGAGACACAAGACUCGCGGAAUGCCCUGUGGAUGGAGAAAAAUGGAAAGGCUCAUCUAACAAGGCCUAAAACUCCAUUACCAGGAAACAUUGAAUUGGUUUCUGCUCGAGCCGCUCGGCAGAAGUCGUCCUCGAAAAGGUGCUCAGUGCCUUCUCAAACAAGAACUAACAAUGGGCGCAAUGGCACAGAGGACAAAGGCAAAGACCAAGAAGAGGAGGGUGAAAGUGAGGACGAAGACGAUGAAAGCGAAGAUGAAGAGGGGAAAAGGGAAAGGCAGCCACUUCAGGGGGGAAAUGCAAACAGUAAAAAGAAAUCCGUCAAAGGUUCUCGGGCCCGUAUCCAAAAUGCUGAAGGAGGGAAGGCUCCCGAGCCAGUCAAGUUCAGCCAGAUGACAUACACAAUCUACAUGAUGGAACUUGACAAAAUCCCUGCCAGUGAUGUUGAUAAGGACGAGCAUGCCGAGAAUAGGGCGAGAUGGGAAAGAGACUGGCCCACAUAUAAGCAAAACAUGCUGGAUGCCGGGCAUCAGUUGGUUGAAUUUUAA